CUGCCACACCCAUACCAGGCCACCUCAUCUUAUCCCUUUCCUCAAACCCCAUCUUCCUCUUCAUUCCUUUCUUCAUCAAUCAUACAAUCCUGAAACUUAAAUAUGACUAUUGCUUCUUAAUUGGUGCGUAUUAUAAUGAGUUGCCGUUCUGGAGGAUUUUCCCCAAUUCCCAGUUCUUAUUUUCAGUGAUAGAUUAUAUAUGUUGGGCGUUUGGAAGUGAGGAAAGAUGAAAGGGGAGGAUGAGAUGAAGAAGAUUAUAACCAGCAAAAGCAAGAGAAGAUGGGUUGUGGAAAGGGGAGUGAGACUGGGAAGGAAUGUUAUAAUGACUGCCUUUUUCGUCUCAUCUGCGCCGUUGGUUCUUCCUCCGCUCAUAGCCAUUUCUGUGUUUGGGUUUGUGGUUUGGGUCCCUGUUGGUGUUGUGGUCGGCAGCUAUGCAGCGACUGAGAAGCUCAUGAGCAAGUUGCUGCCAAUGCCUUCUUCGCCUUCCCCACCUCUCCUCUUGGAGGGCUGCCACCAUGCUGCCACACAAGUGUCUGCAGAUGAAGAUUUAGCCCGUAGGGACUCCGAAGGAAGAGGGGAAUGCACAGACUAUGAAGAAACAAAGACCUCUGGUGAAGUGGUAGAAGGGGGAGAGAGUUUUGUGGAAGGUUGUGAAGAAAGGUCAGCUUUUGUUAGAAAUGAAGAGAAUUAUAAGGCUGAUGAAGUUUUCCAGCACUUGGAGGGGAAACAUGAGAAUCGUAAAGCCACUAAUGUAGUAGAUGAGAAUUUGGUUGUAGUAGAUGAGAAUGAGAAUUUGGACAAAGGAUAUGAUGAGGAAGAUGACAGAGAAUACCUGAAAGGAGAAGUUGGGGACAAGAGAAGGGAGCUUGAAGAUGCUGAUAAUGUCGAUGAGAAUUCAGAGAAAGAAGAGGAUGAGGAAGAUGCCUGUGAAUGCACAGAGGGAGUUAGGAAAGGGAAUGCCAUUGAUGUGAUUUUGGAAGAAGAGGGUUAUAUGGAGGAGGUUGGUGAAAACUUCCUGGAGGGAGAGCACGAGGACGACAUACAUGAUGAAAAAUUGGAGACGGGUUCUGAGGAAGUUGGCGAGUCGUUGGAGGGAGAAGGAGAUGGCAAGAGGAUUAUUACCAUUAUUGAUGAGGAUUUGAAAGAAGAACAUUAUGCGAAGGAAGUUGGUGGACCUUUGGAUGGACAAAAUGAGGAUGAAAUUAAAGAUGAGAUUUUAGAGAAGACAUCCUAUGAUGAGGAGGAUUUUGGGGAAUGUGUGGAGGGAGAACAUGAGAAGGAGAAAGAGGCCAAUACAUACAAGUACUUGAAGAAGGAAGGCUGCGACACGAAAGAGGCUACCACUUCUGUCAGUUUGAAAGAGGGUUAUCAUGUGAAGGACAUAAACAAGAACUUAGAUGGAGAACGAGAUGUGGAUUUGGAGAAGGGUUACGAGGAGGAUGUUGAUGAAUGCUUGGAGGAAGAACAAGGAGAUGUGGAAGAGAUUCCCAUUGAAGGGGAUGUGAAAGAAGAAGAAAAAGAAGAUUACAUGGAGGAAGUUGAUGAAUACUCAGAUACAAAAGAUGAGAAUUUGGAGAAAGAUUAUAAGGAGCAUGAUGUAGAAUACUUGGGGGUAGAACAAGGAAUCGGGGAAGUAAUUCACAUUGAUCAAACCCUAGAGAAAGGUUAUGAGGGGGAGGAGGAAUACUUGGAGGUUGAACAAGGAGAUGGGAAAGAAAUUACUACUGAUGAAAACAUGGAGAGUGGUUAUGAGGAGGAGGAUGAGGAAUACUUAGAGGUAGAACAAGGAGAUGGAAAAGUAAUUACCACUGAUGAAACGGCCUUAGAUAAAGGUUAUGGGGAGGAUGAUGAUGAGGAACACAUAGAGGGGGGAGAAGAAGGGCGCAAAAUAGAUGUUACCAUUGAUUCGAAUUUGAAAGAGGAUGAAGAGGACGUUGGCAAACGCUUAGAGGGAGAGCUUGAGGAAAAUAAAGAGAUUAGCAAUGAUCAUAGCUUGAAAGAUGAAAGCUAUGGAGAAGAGGCCAUUCAGCAGUACUUAGAAGGAGAAGAGCCUGAGGAAACAGCCACUGAGAUGAAGAUUAAAGGACUGUUGGAAGUGGUGUCAAGGAGAGAUAGCGAAAAUAAUGAUGAUGACAAUAAAGUAGGAAACAGUGAAGCAGAUCACAGUUUUGAGGAAGAGGAUGCGAAAAUGGAUAAAUCUGAAGAACCGGCUGAGACUAUUCCAACACAAGAUGACAUUACAACAGAAACUAAGAAGUCAAUUGCGGGAGAAGAUUUGAAAAAACAUCAUGUGAAGAAGGACCAAUCCUUGUUGAUCAACGAGGAAAAUCUUGUUCAGGAGGGUGUUUCUUCUAGCACAGAGGAACCCCAACAGAAGGGUUCUGAAUCCAGUAUUGAUGAAACAGAAACUGCCACGGCCAACGAAAGCACCACCCUUUCUGAUAAAGGAAAUGCAGCAGUGAAGCAGCAGGAUACACCAGGAGGAUUACACCCAUCAGAACAUUAUGUGACCAAAACUAACGACGGUGCACAGGAGCCAUCAUCCAGUGAGUUUACAUUUUGAACUGAAGGAGGGAGUGAGAGACUAAUUGUUGCUGUCAAUGUGGUGCUAGGACAUGGACAUAAGUGACGAGAAGAUAUGGGAGCAGGUGUGUGCACUAAGGGCAAUCUUGGGAUACACAGAUGCAUCUCAAUCAUCCACUGUGGAUGAAAUAAAAGCUCUUUUUGUGUUCAUUGGAGUUGAACCACCACCAUCAUUCAAUGGCCCUUCAGACCUCAUAAAUGUCAAUGAGAUGCUCAGGAUUUUAAUGUCAAUUGUAGGAAUCAAAUAGACAGCAUUGGCUCUUUUACUGGUCUUUAUCCAAACGUCUUCGAAGUACUCACUUUGUAGGAUUUUUUUUGCUUGGGUACCAGACUUCUUAUUGAUUCAGAAUCUUUUGUCAACUGAAUUCAUAUAGCUCUGCUUCUUCUUGAGCUUAUUGGGUUUACCAAAGUUUGAUGUUGCAUUUUAUGAUAUGAAAAUGCUAUCAUUGUGGUGUCAUUUUAAUAAAAUUUCAUUUCUAGUAUUAUGAUAGAAGUUUUAACUGCCAUUGGCAUGUUUUAGUACAAUUCUUCUUUCAGCACAA